AUGUCCUCCGUGUUGCUUUUGGAUGUAGCGUUUGCCAAGGUACUGGGCGAAGCCGUUGAAGGCGGCACGAACGGCGAGCUAGAGAAUAAGCAAUGGGUGGUGCGGGGUGUAUCGAUAGACGUCCAUAUCCCGGUCUUGCUGUUGUUUGUCAAAGGGAGGUGGCUUUUCCCAGGAGCGUUGUAUCGGAUGUGGAGUGGCAUUAAUGCGCUGCUUACCGGAAACACAUGGUUGCUGCUUCUUCAGCCCUUUGGAAGCUUCGAAGGUUCCAAGCCGGGCGCGGGUCUCGAUCUGGAUCCGCCACUACCGAGAUGGCAGAAGCAGACGGCGCGCUGUCUGAUAAAGGUUCCCGAGGCUACAGCACGGGGUUGUCGUGUCCCUUUUAUUUGGCAGCCGUUGAUACGUCGCAGCGCAAAUUACCCGCGCUCUUUCGCAGUCGCGGGUUGCCUCUUGUUUCAUAUUUGCAUGCUUGGCGCCCCAUUCCCCAUCGGCCUUGCAGUUGUUGCAGAUUCCCGUCGUACCUGUAUGACGGCCAGCCUCGAGAAGCUGCAGCCAAUUGCAAGCUGA